UCCCAAUCUCUUGGAUGGAGAAAUUAUGGAAGUCAAUGCUGGUAAUAAAAUAAUAGCAAUGUUUUCCUCUAUUCAAACUUAUGUUGACGAAGAGCAAGAUAUACGUGAGAAAAUUGCUAUAGCUGCUAGAAAUGUUGAAAAGACAACAAGAGAAAUUUUUGCUAUCUUGCAAGCUGUUCAUCAUAACCCACAAUCAGAAAAAAUAUCUGGAAUUUGCAACCAGGCUGAAGAUAAGUUCUUAACACUGAAGUCACAAUAUUCUGACCUUACACAAAUUAUACCAGCUGGACAGUACUAUAGAUUUAACGACCUUUGGAGAUUUGUGAAUCAAAAAGCAUGUUUUCUUGCUUCUCUUCUAUUUUACCUGAAGUUUAACAAGUUGAUAACACGAGAAGAGGUUGCUAAUAUUUUGGGAGGUAAAUGA